AUGGCAGUAUCAUAUCGAUCCUCCACCUACGGCCUCCUCUACUACGACCCGGCCACGUACCACAACGAGUACGACAAACCACAGAAGCUCUUCCGACCUCGACGAGUCGGCCCUGGUCGAGUCUGCGUGAAAUCCGUUGACCCCGAGCGAGACCUCCCAAAGACCAACAAUCAACAAGUCCCUUACCCCUUCAAAGAAAGGCGAAAGCCAUCGAUCAAAGUCAAGCUGGCAGGCACACGCGAGAACGCCAAGCGCUUUCUCCGUUCCGUCAUCGCCAACUCCACCUCCGACUCACGAACCCCAAACGGUAGCGACGCCCAGAGCAAGAGAAGGUCUUGGUCACCGGCGAAACGCUCGCAGUCGCAACAGAGCGGCGAGAGUGGCGCUGCUGCACAACCACCGAGCGAGAACACCACCAGCAACAACAUGCGUGGAGGAAUCCGGCAUUCGAUAGGUGGGCCCAUCAACGCCCACCUGCAAAGGCCAAGACUGAGCAGUGAUGCUCGGGACAGUUCAACAUACUCUUCCAAUUCUUCAAGUACCAAUGGCAGUGCAGCACAACCAUCGCCACGGUUAGACACUACUGUCGUAGACAAUGUCAUUCCCAAUCUGAAUCUGGAGGAUGAGAAGCCGAUUGCUUCUGGAAAUGGCGUUAGCAUGGGCAUUCAUCUCGCUGAGCCAGUGCUUUUCCUUCAAGGAUUUGAAAACUCGGAGAAUUCGCCUGGAAACACUGCAAUGCUGCGUGGCGGGCUGCAUUUACGAGUUCAGAAAAGUGCAAAGAUCAAGGCCAUCACAUUGAAAUUCAAGGGUACCGCAAUCACGAAAUGGCCCGAAGGCAUUCCGCCUCGAAAAGUCGAAUUCGAAGAGAAGGAUACGAUCAUGUCACACACUUGGCCCUUUUUCAAUGCUCAAUUCGAAAGUGCAGAGAAAGGCACCAACGCGGAUCACGUGCAACUGUUCAAAGGACCAGAUGGUGCUUCUUCGACAGUGACGAGAUUGGAUCCACUCGGCCGAUCUACAGAAUCAAAUUCCACCGUAAACCUGAGUUCGAAGGAAGCCAAGAAACUUGCAUUGUCUGUCAAUCAAUCUCGCAGUUUUGGAAAGGGUGACCCACCACCUGGACCCACUGUGGCUGCCAAAGGAUAUAGGACAUUCUUACCCGGUGACUACAUCUACAACUUCGAACUGCCAUUGGACAGCCGGUUACCAGAGACUAUCGACGUCGAGCUUGGAUCUGUCAAAUACGAAUUGGAAGCCGUCGUAGAGCGAUCCGGUGCUUUCAGGGCGAAUCUCGUGGGCACUAAGGAGGUCACGCUCAUUCGAGCCCCCGCUGAAGGGUCGUUGGAGCAAGUUGAGCCUAUUGCGAUCAGCAGAAACUGGGAAGAUCAAUUGCACUACGACAUUGUCAUUUCUGGAAAGAGCUUCCCGCUUGGCACGCAAGUACCGAUUGCCUUCAAAUUGACGCCGCUCGCAAAAGUACAGUGUCAUCGAAUAAAAGUACUGGUCACAGAAAAUAUCGAAUACUUCUGUUCAAACAAACGGGUACAUCGGAUGGAGCCAACCAGGAAAGUGCAACUCUUUGAAAAGCGAGCGGAUGGUCCACCAACGAGUACAUUCCCUGGAAGUACGAUGCGAGUAACCGCUGGAGGUGGGGUUCCUUACGACCAGCGAGCACGAGCAGCACGCGGGGAGGAUGUCGCACCGACAGACACCACGAAUCUGUUGGGUAACCUCGAAGGUGACUCGAACAUCGGCCCCACAGAAAUGGAGUUCAAUGUGCAACUGCCAAGCUGUCACACAAUGAAAGACCGGGACCGAAGUCAACGACUGCACUUCGAUACGACCUAUCAAAAUAUCCAGGUACACCAUUGGAUCAAGAUUGUCAUGCGGUUGUCGAAGCCAGAUGCGAAUGACCCAAGCAAGCGAAGGCAUUUUGAGAUUUCCAUCGACUCGCCGUUCCACAUCCUCUCGUGUCGCGCGACUCAAGCAAACAUCUCAUUACCGGCAUACACAUCGCCAAUGGCCACGCCAAUGAGUGCAAAUCUUUUCGAAUGUGGUUGUCCAGGCGCUGCUCGACGGCGAAACUCACCACCCAGCUUUGUACCUGCGUUACACGCUAUCAAUACUGGCUCAAGGACGAGCGCCGAGGACAACCGUCCGUCGACGCCCACGAUGUUCUCGCCAGGUCUUGCCCGGCCACCAACGAUACAUGCUGCAAAUCAUGUGGGACAUAACCGGAUGCAAUCAGUCGAGCGACCGAUCCAUCUCCUACGAGCACCGUCUUUCAACCCGCCGCCGUUCGAGGAAGAGGAACCACCGCCACCGUUGAUUACACCACCCCCACAGUAUAACGACAUUGCAAGUCCCACGAACGGCCUUUCUGACUACUUUGCACGACUGAGUGAUGCUUACGAUUCUGACAGUGGCGACGAGAGCCAUUCAUCUGGACGAGUCAACGUACCGCUUACGCCUGGAGGACGAGUGAACAGGAGUAUGGAUCUAGGACGGAGUUGGGUACCUGUGGGAAGUACAUGA